UGGAUCAUCUGAAGGUCAAUAUGCAUGGCUCCUCCUCCCAUCUUUCGUUAAUUCCUCCGACUAUCUACUGUUUAGGUGUUUCUGGCUCUCUCAGCCUCAUCGAGUGCUCUCCACUCUCCUUUGGAAAGAUAAAAUAAAUGAAAAAGAAGGAAUAUACAAACGACGACGUUGAGUUAACGGGUCCGGCUUAAAUAGUGAUUCGUCACGAGGAAAAUGCAAUGUGGCGGUUUCAGACGUGAAGAAAAUUUAUGUAAAAGAUAAAAUAAGAAAAUUAUAUAGGAGAAAACUUCUUUUCCAUCUUCCAGAUACAAGGAAUUCCUGCAAUCCUCUGCUCUCACAUUUGGAGUAGAUUCAUUUUGCCUCCAAUAGAAUUUCAUUCUCAUUCCCAGAUGGCUGACGGCAAUGCGCAAUCAAGGUACGUUAAGUUGACAAAGGAUCAAUCGCCGACCGAAGAUAUCACUCCCGGCGAGCUUAAUCAGCCUAUUCAAGUUCCUGAGUUAGUCAUUCACAGAUGUAUUGAAUGCGGGCAGGCUCUACCUGAAAGCUAUGAGCCUCCUGCUGAUGAAGAUUGGACUACCGGGAUUUGCCGCUGUGCUGAUGAUACUGAGAGUUGCCGGACUGGACUGUUUUGCCCAUGUGUGUUGUUUGGACAUAAUGUCGAAACACUGAGGGAAGAUAUUCCCUGGUCCAAUGCAUGUGUUUGCCAUGCCAUGUGUGUUGAAGGUGGACUGGCGCUUGGAGCAGCUACUCUGUUUUUCCAUGGUAUUGAUCCUAAGACUUCUUUCCUCAUUUGCGAGGGUUUGUUUUUUACCUGGUGGAUGUGUGGAAUAUACACUGGGCUGUUUCGACAAUCACUGCAGAAGAAAUAUCAUCUUAAGAAUUCACCAUGUGACCCGUGCCUGGUGCACUGUUGCAUGCACUGGUGUGCCUUGUGUCAGGAGCACAGGGAGAUGAAGAACCAUCUAUCUGAAGAUGCUGCUGUGCAGAUGACUGUUGUUAAUCCUCCACCAGCUCAACAGAUGAACCAAGGAUAUACAUCAGCCAAUAAAUCUACUAGAAAUGGUACACACACUAAUUUGGAGAUACGGCCAGUGUAGAUUUCAUGAUUUACCAUGCACAGAUAUCCUAAAGAUUCCUCAACUUUUUUGGGUUUUUUUUUUUUGGGUCUUCGAAUCAGAUCAUAUUAUUUAGGAAUUUUUGGCAGUUGCUCGCACACAACAGCAAAAUUCAAUUUUUGUACUAAGAUUCUUAUUCAUAUUCUUCUCUUUCCCACACCCUCCCCCUUUUUCUGUUUCUGUUAGUUUGGUUAACAUUUAUAGUUCUAUUCUAUGAAUAUCAAUCGAUAGAAACACACUGGAGCGCAAGUGCUGCGUUUGCCUAUGAGAAAUAUAUUGGAGAUUACAUUAACAUACUCAAGUUUCAUAGUAAAGCACGAUGGUAUGUGUUCGUUUAAUUACGUUUUUUGGAUGUUUCCAUUUCAACCUUUUACGGUGCUAGGUAAUGAGAUUGCAAAUUUGAGACAAGUUUGCUACGUAAUAGUGGGGACAGAUUACGUCUAACGAGA